AUGGACUACAUGGACUUUGAGGAUGAUAGCCGUGGAUGGCGGUUUGACAUGGACAUGGUGAUAAUCUACAUUUAUUCAAUCAACUGGCUCGUCCAGGAGUUCAAUACCCAGGUGGCUCUGUACCGGGAGCUGGUCAUUUCCAUUGGGGAUGUCUCAGUCACCUGUUCAUCUCUGCAUGUGGAAAUGCACAAAACUCGAACCCAAGGAUGUGAGAUGGCCUAUCAGGCUCAUCAAAAACUAGCAGCAAUUUCUGGCCCAGAAGAUGGUGAAAUUCAUCCUGAAAUCUGUAGACUGUACAUCCAGUUGCAGUGUUGCUUAGAAAUGUACACAACAGAAAUGCUUAAGUCCAUAUGUCUGCUGGGAUCACUGCAGUAUCAUCGGAAAGGAAAAGAACCUUGUGCCCCACCCAAGGUCCUAGAUACUAAAGUGGAGGAAAGUUCCGAAGUACCUAUUUUAGAAGACACAUCAUCAUCACCAACAGAUAUUCAACAACAUUUAUGGCAGGUUUCCACAGAUAUUGAAAACACUGAAAGAGAUAUGAGAGAAAUGAAAAACCUUUUAAGUAAACUCAGGGAGACUAUGCCUUUACCACUGAAAAAUCAAGAUGAUAGCAGCCUCCUCAACUUGACUCCGUAUCCAUUGGUAAGAAGACGGAAGCGAAGAUUCUUUGGACUUUGUUGUCUUGUCUCAAGUUAGAAGAUCAAGUACAGAAGCACCAAGAAAAUCAUAACUUUGAUUAAACCACUAUUGUUUGACCACUGAAAAGAUGAACAUUGCUACUCUUGAUUAUAAAGUACAUUUUCUACACUAGCCUAUUCCUUUUUCUCUUCUGCUCCAUCCACCUUUUCAAAAUAAGGGUUUUAAUAGUUUAAAAUUAUGGUGGUCAAAAACCAGCUGUGGAAUAGAUCUAGCAUAACUAAGAAUGUUUUUAAAACUUUUUAAAGUAUGUUUUGCAUGCUUACUUUCAACCACUCAGAGAAAAGACACAUGAAUUAUGGUUAAUAGAUAAUUUUAAAGGUUUUUUUAUUGUUUGAACUGCAGCUAAAAUUUGUGCAUAGUACAGUACUCUUCCUAGUAUCAUAUUAAAAUAUUUGAUCAUAUUUUACCAGUCUUUAAGCAUAGAAAACUAUUUAACAGCAAAAGUAUUGAAGUUCUAAAACAUUUAAACAAUAUUGUAACAGAACUUGCACAAAAUCUCCAGUUGCGUUUUGUGCUCUCAUUCAUAUUUAGUCUUCCACUAUAUCUCAAUUUAAAAGCUUCAUAGAAAAAUAUCUUAAUUUA